AUGUCAGCUUAUGCGCAUCAGAUGGAGAGGGAACUCUCAGGUCUCACCAGCCGAGGAAACUCAGAGAUGGGAAGUAGGUUUUCGCUAGAUUCUGGAUGUUACAUGACAUCUCUAGCAGCUACCAUCUUCAUUGCUUCUCUUGUGACAUUCGGUGUCUUGAUGCUUACACUUCUUAUAGCUAUAUCAACCAUGUUACAAAGCUGCGAAAACAAAAGUUCUGGAAUCAUUCAGGUUCAAAGACUUGUUGAUGAUGAGAGUUUGAGUUACUGCAGAAUCUUGUCUCUACAUUCUAAGCUCAAUAGCUUGGAUGAUGAUGAAGAGAAUAGAAUUGAGUUACCGUUGUUAUGCAGAGACGUUGCUUUACAAAGAAUCAAAGAAGGAGUAUAUUUGAGAGAGUUGAACUUCACUAUCCAAAUGAUUCUCACUUACUUCAAGACCAUCAAACCGAGGAAUGAUCACAUGGAUGUUGUUGUGGUCGAUGUUGAUGGCAUCAAUCUGAUAGAACAAGAGAGUUACAUUGAAGAAGCAAAGCAUCAGAGAAACAAACUAACACUUGAACUAUACUCUAAGCUAAGAUCACAAGGCUAUUCAAUGGUUCUCUUAUCAAGAAGACCCGAUACAGAGAGAAACUCCACCGCCAAUGAGUUAAAGUCUAUAGGAUAUAGCGACUGGUCCGGUUUGAUCAUGAGGGAAGAUACAAGACAGAAGGAAGAGUUACAAAGAGACUACCGCAUAGUUGGAAUCAUUGGUAAUCAUAUGGAUGUGUUAACAGGCCAGUGGAACUGGCAAAGCAAGCGUCUAUUCAAGCUUCCAAGUCUUACCUAUAAUGAUAUCUUUGGAUUACAGUGA